AAUGGCACAGUUGGUGCCUUCACUCUGAUGGACAGAGUCUUCACAUGCAGAGAACCGGCUAAACACUGCUAACCUUUAGCGGAACAAUGUAAAAUAACUCUGUAAAUAUGGGGGGCAUCGACACAUAAACACCAGUAACGGCAGGCAGCAGUUGUAAGGGAUGGACACCUGGACGCCCAACCCACGGGCCAAGCCCUUCAUCCCUAGACAGCAGCGUAGUUUCUACCUAACAUGGAAAUACAAACUUUCCAACAAAAGAGCCAUCCGAAGACUCUGCCAGGCUGGUGCAGUGUUGUUCUUGUUGGUUACAGUACUUGUGAACAUAAAACUUAUACUUGACACAAGGAGAGCUGCUAGUGAGGACGAAGAUGCUGCACGAGACUAUGAUGAUAACUUGGCCAACAUGGAGACCCCACGAAGACCAGCCAGUGGGCGCAAGGUGUUAGACAUUGAAGUCUACUCCAGUCGCUCCAAGGUGUAUGUGGCAGUUGAUGGUACCACAGUAUUGGAGGAUGAGAUGCGGGAGCAGGGAAGAGGCAUACAUGUCAUAGUGCUAAAUCAGGCCACUGGUCACGUAAUGGCGAAGAGAGUAUUUGACACCUACUCUCCGCAUGAGGAUGAAGCCAUGAUCCUCUUCCUCAACAUGGUCACUCGUGGUAGAGUCCUCAUUUUCACCAUCAAGGAUGAGGGAACCUUUCAUCUGAAGGAUGCUGCCAAGAAUCUGUUAAAGGGGCUGGGCAGCCAGGUGGCAGCAACUCUCAGUUGGAGGGACAUGUGGGCACUGGUUGUGAAGAAAGGAGGCCAGGUAUAUGGGGAGAAGCACUCAAAGUCACCUGCACUCUCUACAUGGGGAGAUCCUGUACUGCUGAAAACUGAGGUUCAGCUCACUGCUGCUGAAGAAGCAGAGUGCCACUGGGCUGAGACGGAGUUGAACCGUAGGAGGAAGCUGUUUUGCAGUAAAGUGGAAGGCUACGGUAGCAUCUGCAGCUGCAAGGAUCCAGCACCCAUAGAGUUCAACCCAGAACCACUUCCCAACAAUAAUGUCUACAAUGUUCCAGUUGCUGUCAUUGCUGGAAACAGACCCAACUAUCUCUACAGAAUGCUGCGCUCACUCCUGUCCUCUCAUGGUGUGAACCCACAGAUGAUCACUGUUUUCAUUGAUGGAUAUUAUGAGGAACCUAUGGAUGUGGUGGAGCUCUUUGGCCUUAAAGGCGUUCAACACACACCAAUCAGCAUUAAGAAUGCACGUGUAUCACAGCACUAUAAAGCCAGCCUGACUGCCACAUUCAACCUACAUCCAGACGCAAACUUUGCCAUUGUCUUGGAGGAAGAUCUGGACAUUUCCAUAGAUUUCUUCAGCUUUCUUAGUCAGACCAUUCACUUGCUGAAUGAAGAUGAGAGUCUCUAUUGUAUCUCAGCAUGGAAUGACCAAGGAUAUGAACACACAGCAGAGGACCCUUCACUGCUUUACAGAGUGGAGAGUAUGCCAGGGUUGGGCUGGGUGCUGAAAAAAAGCAUCUACAAGGAUGAGCUAGAGCCCAAGUGGCCCACACCCGAGAAGCUGUGGGACUGGGAUAUGUGGAUGCGGAUGCCUGAGCAGAGGAAGGGGAGAGAGUGUAUAAUUCCUGAUGUCUCACGCUCCUAUCACUUUGGCAUCAUUGGCCUCAACAUGAACGGUUACUUCCAUGAAGUGUACUUUAAGAAGCACAAGUUUAACACCGUCCCGAAUGUUCAAUUAAAAAAUGUUGACGGCUUGAAGAAAGAUGACUAUGAAGUUGAGAUCCAGAAUUUGUUACGUGAGGCAGAAGUUUUAGACCACAGCAAGAACCCUUGUGAGGAUUCCUUUAUACCAGACACUGAGGGCAAAACCUAUAUCAUGUUUAUCAAGAUGGAGCAAGAAACAGAUACCAGCACAUGGACUGAACUGGCUAAGUGCCUGCAUGUGUGGGAUCUAGACGUGCGAGGCUAUCACAGAGGGCUAUGGAGACUCUUCAGAAAGAAGAACCAUGUCCUUGUAGUGGCAGUUCCAGUCUCUGCCUACUCCAUUAGGAAACCUGCUCACGUUACCCCGAUUCAUCUGCAGCCUCCGCCUAAAGAAGAGGGAGCCCCUGUGGAGCAGAUGUAGAGCAGCUGCAGCCAGCUCCCAGGCUGCUUCUUAGCAGAGGCCACACUCGCACUGGGCAUGCAACGGCCCUGUACUGGGAGAACCUCCUCCUGUCUGGCCACUCAGAAAAGCUGGGCUAGCUACCACAGCUUGUCCUUGUCCUUCACUAGAGCAUUGUAUGUGCUGCUUGUCUGGACCACAAGCUCUUGCAUUAUGUGAAGUGAGCAUUUCUGGAGAAUGGUAAUGAUGAGUAAAGCUCGAUCAAAUACUGGGAGGAGUUACAGUAAGUAUUUAGAAUUGUCCCGUGAUUUCAAGAUUACCGUGUGCAUCCUUUAUGCAUUUGUGCUGAGAAAAUGUAGAGAGAUGUACAAUUGUAUUCCGUUAGAUAAGAGCCAAUCAACAUUUCGUAGUUCUGAUUUGGUACCUUGACUGAGCAAAUGAUUUUGAACAAACUGGAAGACUGAUUAAGAGAACUGAAGAGUAUUAGAUAAGAAAGGAAUGGCAAAAUCAUACUACUAUUUUUUUAACACUACUGAAUGCUUUCGGUUUUACUGUACAUACAUUUUAACUUAAGCCUAUUUAUUUUACCAUUUGGGGGUUUCUUAUGUUAGUGAGUUCAGAUUUAUCAGUAUCAGUAUACUUAGAGACAAAGGCCUGCAGUUGUUUACAAAUAUAAAGUUCUAUAGACCUAUAUUUUUGGAAAAAAAGCUUGUCACCUUUUAUUUAAGAGGUGGGUGGUAGUAGAUACAAGGUUGGUACUGUUUUUGUUUAUCACCUGUUUGUGUAAUAAAGAGACCCACAGCUGGUUGAGAGAAUGUAUGGUGCUCUUGUUGAAAUACACAUCAUUACCUCAGGUGAUAUUUUUAAUUAAAGAUUCCAUGAAGAUGCAUUCAGUCAGUAAUUUAAAUACACUGUCAAACAAUUUCUUAAAGAUUUGUGGUAACUCUUUUAUGUUAUGUCCUUUUUUGUUUUCUUCCUAGUGGAUAAUCCCUGAGUUUAUAUCAAUGUUGGAUAAGAUCUGGAUGAUAUCUAUGUCCAUAUAAAUUGUCAGGCAAUGAAAAAUACUUUUUUAUCAAUGCUAUCUUGAGUACACUCUAGGUUCGUCCUGUUUCAAUGUGACUGCCUUUAUUUGAUAAUACUCAUGUAAAAGAAAGUAAUUUGCCAUAAGUCCUGCAAUAAUAUCCUAUUCAUCAUUUUAUGACUGAGAGCUCAGAGCUCAGUGCUACGGUUAGCUACAGGCAUUACACUUUUAGGUAUUUUUUUUGCUCUACAACUAAAUAUUUUCUAUGCGAAUAUGUGCAAUAGCUGGGCAGAUGUCAUUUAGAUUUUUGUUUUUCUUUUUAAAAUGACACAUUUUGCAGUAUCAAGUGGAGACAUGUCACCAAGUCCUUUAAGCAUUUAAUUUUCUUUUUACAUCUGUUUGUGUAACUCUUAAGUUUUGCUUAUGUUUUUUUUUUUUUUUUUGUAAUAAAAAUGUUUGGUAAGUUUG